AUGAGGGCCAACGCCGUUGCAAGAGCCACAAAACCUGCUCGUCCUCGCCGGAGAGCAGACCUCUGUUACAAUUAUCCCAGCUCUCAGCAUUCUCAUUAUCAAACACCGGUUCUUGUAGAAAACCCUUCAUUUUCAAAGGACAAUGAAGAUGAUGAUCCAUUGCCAGGUAUAGACUGCCUCCAAAUUCCAGGUGAAGCUCUUCCGGGAUGCGAACUCCAAGCAUGUGGAUACCUAACUAAGGGAGCAACAAGUUGCAACUUUCAGUGGGUGCGCCAUCAUCCGGAUGGAUCAUUUCAUUACAUUAAUGGAGAAACAAAACCAAAAUAUCUCAUUACUGCUGACGAUGUUGAUGCAUACCUUGCUAUUGAAGUUGAGCCUCUAGAUGAUCAAAGAAACAGAAAGGGAGAGCUUGAAAAAGUCUUUGCCAAUAAGCACCACAAGAUCAGUUUUGGCCCUAAAAUGCAAUACAAGAUACACAAAAUACUUUUCGAGGGUGAGAAAUCACUUCGAGUGUUUCAUUUCACUCGAUGUCUUAAUAAAUGGCAAUCUGCUAUGUUGGUUAUUAAGAGGAGAUCUUACCGGGUUGAAGACCUUGUCUUUGGUGGAGUUAGUGUUAUACUCCCUGACCAAAAGUUUUCGCUGCACACAGUUGUUUCGAUUCCUUCUGGAAGUCCUUUAGAAUUCAUGAUAAGUGACUUUGAUAGCAGCUGCGGUGAAGUUGGUGAUCAUCUAUUCAAAUUAAUGGACACAUCAAUUUAUUGGUCUAGAGAUGUAGUUGUGCUCAUACUGAGAUCAUUUAUCCAAAGAGUUGUUCAAAAAAGCUCAAGCGAAGGAAAAGGAAAGCUGGAGGAGAAGGAGAAAACAAAAGAUUUUUCUUUCUUUCCUGAAAAUCCUUCUUGA